GCUGUCUGUGCCUUUGGGUUUUGCAUAGUUAGUUGUUAGUAAAUCGUGAGAUAAUAUACCGAUUAACGAAACUGUUCGUUAAAGUAAUGUUUUGGUCGCUAAAGAAGAAGCUGCACAUAUUGCUAGGUUAACAUCGCCGAAUACAAAUAGCUUUCCUCUUUUUCUUUCGUGAUUUGUGCUUCCAAAAACACUGAGGAAAAAAUAACUUUAAAAAUACACCUAAAGGUCGCCCGAUCUGAAAGGUUACAUUACUGAAGUAUUCAGCUGGCUUGGGUGGUACUACAGUCUUUGGGCACUGUUUAAGUUAUUGUCAGGAACUUAAGGAGCUAGCUUGUCAGGAAUAUCAUGUUCAGCUUGUCAGGAAUCUCCAAGGGUAACCAAUGCAGUUGUGACACUCAACAACUAGUGUUUUUCGUGAGGGUUGGGCGCAGUUAUACCUGGUUGUCGUAACCGCACUCACUUGAUAUUUGCUCUUUUUUCUUCUUUUUUGCGUUAAUGUGUGCCUGGAAAGACAGUUCCGUUUGUAUCCAUUUCGUGUGUGUAGUCAGUAGUUCCUGCAAACAGGAGGCCCAGGAAGUUUUCGAAUAGAAAGUUUUAACACACCAUAGAAAAUGUUACUGUCUCUGGUUGUGCACGUGCACUCGUUGAGGUACUGGAUUCCAGCGGCUGUUAUGUUAGGCACCGCUCCGACUUACUUACUCUCAUGGGGUGUGUGGCGAGCACUAUCCUUGGUCAUACCAGCCAGGCGGUACCACGCGGUGGACGACUAUCUAUAUUCUUACUACCAGAGUAUGGUCCUCUUCUUUUUUGAAAAUUACACAGGGGUUGAGAUCAUUAUAUAUGGCAACAUACCAAAAAACAAAGAGAAUGUAGUCUACCUUGCCAACCAUCAGUCCACAGCGGACUGGAUCAUCGCCGAUAUGCUGGCCAUACGUCAGAACGCGCUUGGCCACGUGAGAUACGUCUUAAAGGAUGGCCUGAAGUGGCUUCCCCUGUAUGGAUGGUAUUUUUCUCAGCAUGGGGGUGUUUAUGUAAAGAGAAGUGCCAGGUUCAAUGAAAGGGCCAUGAGAAAGAAGCUCCUUUCUCAGACAGAGUUGGGCGCACCAAUGUAUCUUGUCAUUUUCCCAGAGGGAACCCGAUACAACCCUGAACUCAAAAAAGUGAUAAACGACAGUCAGGCAUUUGCUGCUAAAGAAGGGCUAGCUGUGCUGAAACAUGUCCUGACCCCGAGAAUGAAAGCCUCCCAUGUAGCUAUAGACGCCAUGAGGAACCACCUGGAUGCGGUUUAUGACAUCACUGUGGCGUACGAGGGAACCCUGACCCCAGGUGGCCAAAGGAAACCAGCCCCUUCAAUGCCAGAAUUCCUGUGUAAGGAAUGCCCCAGAGUUCACAUUUACUUUGAACGUGUGGACAUCCAGGAGAUUCCUCCCGAGCCCAUCUUUUUCCGCAGGUGGUUGCAUGAACGGUUUGAGAUCAAGGAUAGGCUGCUGACCUCCUUCUAUGAAUCUGAGGAGUCGCAGGAGAAGUGCAGGUUUCCUGGAGAGGGUGGAAAGUCCUCUCUCCGCCUCAGAGAGACCUUGCCCUCAAUGAUGAUUCUCAGCGGUGUGACUGUUCUGAUGCUGCUAAAUGAGAGAGGUAGAAAAUUCUACCUUAGAACUUGGAUCUGUGGAACUCUCUUAGGAUGGAUAUGGGUCAAUGUGAGCCCCUAAGCUAGAGAAAGAAAAGAAAAAAAAAAACCUGCCAUUUUACCAUGUGAUCAUAUCAGUAUGUCAUGAUGGUUUCAUUUCUUCCAUGACCACUCAGUGUUUCUGUUAGACAUCUUUGUGGCGUUGAAGUGUUUGAUCUUUCAUAAUUACGUCCAUAUGGGAGGCACAUAGCAUACCUUUGACUUUCCAAAUACAUUUUGACAUCACAGAAUGACUUUUCAUUUUGACCCUUGUCUUUGUCUUUUGAUGUGUGUUGUCUUAAUUUUCUUCUCACCCAGGGUGCGUCAAAUUUGUCACCUUAAAAAAUGCUAGACAAUAAAUCUUUUGAAAGAUUAGAUUUUGCUCUAUAUUGGAAACAGAAGCAUACAACAUAGAUUUUGAUUUAAAUGUAUCAUGAUGAAAAGGUCUUUUACAUGAUACAUGAUCAGUUAGGUCUCUAAAAGAAA